CGAGUAGAGUACUCUACUACAAUUUUCAUUUCUGCUUUUAUCUUUUUCCUCUGUCAAAUAAUUAGGCCAGCUAGAACGUAUUUUGUAUGUGUAUACAUGCUUUGUCAGGAGCCGAGGUCCUUCUAAUAUUGUUGUGGUCUGAACACAAUAAUUCAACUAGAUUGUUGUGUUGUCUUUUCAUCUAACGUACGCCGGAAGGGGAGCCUGUCUUAAACCAGUCCACAAUCAACAGUUUGUAUAGACGUUGACUAGCCAGUUAAUCACGGCUCAUUCUAGACUUAAUCACCAGCCACACAGAUCCCAGGAAUACCAACGGUUUAUGAAACGAGAGGGUAGUGGUAGCAGAGGUAAAGGCAGACAGACACAAGAAACUUUCUGUUCUUGGCCUGGAUCCUCCUCAAACUCCAUCAAGAUUUCUCUCUCAAAGGUUGUGGAAUUGAGUGGUAGGAAUGGCGAACUAUGCCAUUGAGGAUGCUUACAGUAGCAACCCAGAAUCCAGCAAAGUUUAUAUGCACUCAUCCAGUAGAGAAGGAAUGCAAGAGGUUGAAAGUACCACGGAAGUUUUAACCAGAGUAGACUGGGACCUGGCAUACUCUUCUGAGAAGUUGGUAAACUUGCAUGUACUUUUAGUGCAUCUAUUGGCACGAGAUAAUAAUCUUGAGGCAAGAAUGGCCACAGAAAAUAGCUAUAUCCUGGCAAUAGCCAUUGAGAAGGCAUUGGCGUUUGAUCUUCUCUCUGGGAUUUUAGAUUCCGAGGUAAGAGAGGUGGAGAAUUUCAUGGAAAAUAUCCAUUCAGAGAUUGUUGAUGCCCGUCAUAAAAUAUCUUCUUGCAGACACUCAACAGAUCUAUUCACUGUGAUGGAGAAGAAAUUGCAUAAUUCGGAAGAAUCUUUGAUGAAGUUUCGAGAGCGUGUCUUAGAGGUGAAGGCACAGUCAGCAAAAUUGCCAAUGGCCUUUUCAGCUCUCAUACUUGAGAACUGGAAAGAUGAUAAGGCCACCGAGUUACCAGCCAGUGGGCAGAUUUCAAAUAUGGAUGCGAAUUCAAAAAGGCAGACAGCUGAAAAACAAAGAAAUGUCCUGAGGAUGUUGGAGAAGUCUCUUAAAAGAGAAAUGGAUACGCAGAAGAAAAUUUCUGCACUUGAACAAAAUGAAGAACAUCUGAAAUUGAAGCUGCACUAUACAGAACAGGUGUCUUUUUGCAUGGAGGAAGCAGCAGAAGUCGUUUGGGGAAGAUUUUUAGAGGCAGAAAAUGCUUCUGAAGUGCUCAUGGGGAUUUCCAAAGAAAUGGUUGGUCGACUUCAGAUUUUUCAAUUCACUUUGAACGGUUCAAUCCAACGAGAAGAUGAGUUGAGUUCUAAACUGCAAGUUUGUAUAAAACAGCUGGAUGCAAAAGAUACUGUUAUAAAGAAGCUUGAGAGCAGCAUUGCAGAACACAUUGCCAGAAGUUCUCAAGUGCCCAUUUUGACGGAAAAGGUGAAAUCACUUGAAGAACAGCUGAAAAAAUCAGAGUUACGUCUGCAGAAUGCAAAUGCUUUAAAUGCAGAAAGUCAAGAGCACCUAAGUGAAAUGGAAAAUUUGGUCGAGUCUCUGAAAGAAAGCGUCUAUGAAGCAGAAACGAGGGCUGAGAAUGCAGAGACAAAGGUCACACAGCUAACAGAUACGAACGUGGAACUUGUGGAGGAGAUUAAUUUUCUUAAAGGCAGUAGAGAUAGUAGCACAAAGAAAGUGACUGUACUUGAGAAGCAGUUGAGGGAGUCAGAAAUCCAACUACAGCAUGCAAAAGCGUCAUCUGAAGCAAGUCAAGAGCAACAAAACAUGUUAUACACUGCAAUUUGGGAUAUGGAAACAUUAAUUGAUGACCUGAAAUCGAAGGUAUCGAAAGCUGAGAGUAAGACUGAUGGUGUAGAGGAGCAAUGCAUUGUAUUAUCCGAGUCUAACAUGGAACUUAAUAAAGAGAUCAGUUUCUUAAGGUCUAGAGUGAAUGCCUUGGAGAUGUGUCUGCAUGAAGCUAACGAAUCAAAAGCUGCAAAAGCAAAAGAAAUUAUUGUAAGGACUGAGCUUAUCAUGGCUACAGUCAUGCAGCUAACCAGAGAGAGGGAACGCAUCCAGAAUCAGCUAUUUUCUCUAACAAGGGAGAAUGAAAUACUGGCUGCUAAGUUAAGAGGUGCUUCAUUAACCAUGUUCGACAAUGGACAUGGUGGCGGGGGCAAGUUGGUUGCUUCCAAGAAUGAUUCAUUGAGUGAGACUUGUGAAAAACUUUUCGAGGAAGCAAUGCCCUUGAGUAAAAGUCUCAAGACUGCUGGUUAAAGCAUGCACCACAGCAUCAGAAUGAAGUGGGGAUUUCCCAUCCCACAGUUGAUACGGUGUUUCGAAGAUUGGAGGAGGGAGGACAAAACAGGGCUUUUCUCCUUGAUUACAUCUGAGGGCCGCUAUUUUUCGUGGUGAAAGAAGCUGUUGUUGUAUAGCAGGAUUGAUUGGAAUGGCUUUUCUCCGAGUGGAUUUGAUUGUGUUGAAUGCUAUGCACAUAAAAUUAGAUUUGUUUUUCCUCGAUUUUUGUCCGUCGCUGGUCUAUAACGUUUUUUUUUUUUUGGGAUGUAUGAGAAUGUAGUUACGAGUAUGGUGUUGUUUUUUAAAUUAUUUUUUAUUAAAAAAUAUUAUUUUAUUUUUUAAAAAUUAUUUUUGAUAUUAUUAUAUCAAAAUGAUUUGAAAUAUUUAAAAAUAAAAAUUAAUUUAAAGUAAAAAAAAUAAAAAAAAUUUAAUUUUUUUUUAAAAAAUCUUUAAAAUAUAAAAAUAAAUAAGGUGUUUGUGUUUGUGAUAUACGAAACCUGCAGGAAGGGCAUUAAACAAACAAAUAAAGCCUGAAAAAUCCAUUUACAUGGCGAGACGGCAAUCAUACAGUCCCUCCAAGAUGGAAAACGACGUGCAAUUGAGGCAGUGUAAAAAAUAUUAUUGAUAUACUUUUCGGAGUGGAAAGUAAAAAACAACCGCACUUCCAAACACAUAUUAUCCUCUUUGGCAAUGGAUUAAUUAUGUAUUUGGUCCCUGAAAGCUUGGUGUUCUCCUAUUGUAACCCUUCGUUAUGUUAUUUACUUUAUCCUUCAGCUCUAGAAACAUUUUUAAUGUCUUUCCAUGCAGUUUAGUAUUAAUUCUUAACAUGUAAAAGAAAAACAUGGAUGCUUGUUUAGCUCAUACUAGGCCAUGUGUUAAGAACUAGCAUGAAAUUGGAUGGAAAUCGGUUGGAGAGAAGAACUAGCAUGAAAUUGGAUGGAAAUCGGUUGGAGAGAAGAACUAGCAUGAAAUUGGAUGGAAAUCGGUUGGAGAGAUCUCAACAUGGAGUAGCAGAACCAUCUAAAGAAGAAAAAGAUUAGAGAGGCCAUAUUUAAAAUAUGUCAAUCGUGUAGGGACGGAAUGUAGUAUUAACCAUCCACCGAAGCCCUACUUCCCCAAUUUAACACUAUAAAAUUCUCUCAAAAUCCAUCAUUGCAAUUUGCAGCCACCACCCAAAAGAAAGAACGGAAAAAAAGAAAACCACUCCGAAGGAGGCCAUGAUUUAUCUAUUUUCAGGUUCAGAGAUGCACCAGAUAGCCCCUUGUUUGUUCAAGUCUUAGACUUUCAAGGAAUUAACGAGAAAAUGGGUAUUAGAGGUGCAAAAUCCAAACUUUGGGCUAAAAUAAAACUCUCCUUGUGCAGUUUUAUUUGAGCUUUUAUAAAUCUGGCAUUGGAGUCUGUUUUGUCCAAAAACAUAUGAUAUUUUUAGCAGGCAAAGCAAAAAUGAUGAGCUCUUUUGAUCCGAAUUUAUUUAUGUGGAAUCACAUUUUGUUAAUGGUCUUCGAAGUUCUCUGAUCGCUUUGCUCGCUGCUUCGUUUUUCUGAUGGUUUUGUCUUUUUCUUGUGCUCUUAUUUUUUGGGGGGGUUGGCCCGUUUUUAUUUUAUUUUUUGCCUGUGUUUUUUGGGUCUUAAAGAAUUUAGCAGAUGGGUUUUGUACAUCUAGUUUUUACCAAUCUGAUGUUCUUUCGAUUUUCUUUUUUCUAUCUUUCUUUGUUGUUUUUGUUUUUGGUUUUUGGAUUUUUGAAGGGUUGGUGUGCAAAAGCAAAAUGAUGAGAUUAACAUGGCUGAAUCUGAUGUGGAAUUCUAUAUCACUGGUCUUCAAAGUUCUCUGAUCGCUUUACUGCACUGUAGUGAUGUGUAUACUGUUUGGUGAAAUGAACUUGUUGCUUAAGGCUUUUGAAUGUUCCUUUUUGCCUAAUUCCAAGGUUUUGUAUGCAAUCAGUUGAGCAGCGGAGUUUUAUUUUUAUUUAUCUAAAAAAUACUCCAUUUUAUUUUGAUUGUAAUUCGUUCUGUUUAAUAACUCCCAUUCCCCAAAGAAAUGCUCCAUUUUAUUUUGGUGUUAUGAGGAUAUGAUUACUCUAGAGUCCAGAUUGUUUUUUCCACAUCUGCGUGAUUUGGUCUAGGAUCCAAUUGUUCAUGUUGUACUUUCGUUACUAGGAUUGCCAAUGUAUGUUUCUAUAAUUCGCUUUGUUUUUGUGGUGUUUAAUGUGCUUUUGUUGUCAUGUGGUUUUAUUUUUGUUCUUUGUAUUCAUCAUCACGGCUUUUUUGAAUGUAUGGAAAACCAUUUUUUCUAAUUGUACCUUAUGGGAGGAAGAUCUAUUGAGAAUGUUUUUCCAAUCUCAUCUUUUACUUGCCAAUGAAGGAUAUCAAUAAAUGCAGGCACCAAAAUUCAUAGCCUGGGAUGCAUAUAUGUUCCAGGCUGUACGAGCAUGGUGCAAUAACAAUUUCUUUGUGAUUCAUUGCAUCUUGACUGGUCUUUUUCACAUGAUCGGUUGAGCAUGAACUUUGAAGAAUACAUUCUGCCUUCAUGACUAAAUACUCACUCCUUGCUCCAACAAUUCCAUGUCAAUGUGUGAUUUGUUCAAUGAUGAGUCGUUAUGCUUGAAGAUCCAAUAAUUUACCAGGCUCUUUGUUUGCGAAAGUGGACAACAGAAUAUGACACAUGUUCAUGGUUGAUUUUGAUAUGUAAUAAAAACAGAAUAGUGAGUUCUGAUAUUUGGAGAGAUUGGAUCUGCUCUUCUGUGGGUGUCUGUAUGCCUACACAGUUAUUUCCUUAUUCUUCUUAUACAAUGUAAACCGAUCGACAGUUUCUUUCUGACUUGAGGAUUUGGCAUUUCCUAGCAACUAUGUUUAAUUUGAUAGAUUGCAGAAUCAUUCUGUGUUUUUA